AUGACCACCGGCUCCAUCGCUCGCGAGAAGGAGUUUCGUGGUCAACUGGGAAAAUUCCGUCUUGAAUCCAUCGUCAAUCCGUCUCCUCCCUCUCGCCCGAGUCCAUCGCCUUCCCUGUCGCAAUCCCAGUCGACACCUUUGCUGCUCCCACCUCCUCCCAGCUCCGCCAGUCCGGCUUCCCCGCUCCCACCAGCCCCCGGCAUCCGCUCGAAACGCGUCUCCACCGCCUGUGAUUUCUGUCGCAAGCGGAAGAAAAAGUGUGAUUUCCGAUAUCCCAACUGCUCUGCCUGUACUCGAGCCGGCGUUCGCUGUACGAUCCCUCCCCCCGGGCCGCAAGUCGCCAGUGCCUCCGUUCCUCGCGACCAGCUCGAAAAUCUACAGAAGCGCGUACAAUGGCUGGAAGAGGCUCUCCGGCGAAAGACUGGCUUGCCGGUUCCCGUGAUGAUGGCCAGAUACAGCAAUCGUCAGGCACUACGUUCGGCGGCGACGGCAGCGGCAGCGAGUCCCGCUCAUAGUGGUCGAGGCUCUUCCACUGGUCCUCCGCCUUCAAAGACAUCCGGAUUGGGGACGGAGCUGCCAAAUGUUGGGGAAAUCUUACGGGACCGGCUAGAGCAUCGCCGGCCGUCGGUUGCACGUCCGACAGUAUCUACUCCACGGGUGGUGCGGUUAUCAUCGCUGGAAGAGGCGGAACAGGUGGCGGGGAAUUAUUUCGAUAGUAUGGGGUAUCAAUAUCCGUUCUUGUCGCGGCCGGACUUCACGGCGCUUCUACGACAUAUCUACGCGGGUGGAAUGCCGACACCAGAGGAUCAUUACUCCUACCAUAUCACGAUAGCGAUCUCGUUGCUGAUCGGAUCGGUAGACGAUGCGCAGACGACGGAAUUUUUCCGAGCAAGUCAGGAAACCCUAAGCCUGGCCUUGCAAAACGAGGAUUUGGCUGCGGUACGGGCGCUGCUAAGCCUGGCGCUCUAUACUAUGUUUGCGACCGCAGGCCCCAGCGUGUGGCAUGUGUUGGGGACGGCCAUGCGACUGGCCACCAGUCUCGGCCUCCACAAGGCACGCUUAUCGGCCAGCCUGGUGGAAGAGGAGAUGGCCAAGCGGGCGUUCUGGAGCUUAUACAAUCUCGACCGGUUGAUCGCGUCCACUCUGGGACGGCCAUUGGGGAUCGCCGAUGAGGACAUCAGUGUGGGCUUUCCGCGAGAAUUCAAUGAUGACUGGACCGAGGUGCCGGGGGGCAGCACCAUGACUAUACCAGUACAGGUAGUGAAGUUGCGGCGGCUGUUUUCCCGGAUCUAUCGCUACUUGUACAACAACCAACCGCCUCCCGACCCCAAAGAAGCGUCGGCCACCUUGAGUGAAUUCCGCCAAGAGCUGGAUGACUGGCGCAUAGGAGCGCCCGUUUACCCGCCUGCCCUCCUAUAUUCGACCAGCUACUAUGACUACCUCUACUACACCACCCUCCUCCUCAUGUACCGCCCCAGCCCGCGCAACCCAGCCCCUGAUGCGACCAGCAUAGUGAGCUGCGGCGACUCCAGCGUCCAGGUGAUUCGAUCCUAUUGGGACAGCUAUUCAGUCGGCAAAAUCAAAUGGAUCUGGUUGACGCUGAGCCAGACGUAUUUUGCCGGCAUCACCAUUCUCUGGUGCCUGGAACGGAACGCACAGGUCUUCCGAGACGGACAGCCCCCGAUAUGGCAGCCAGAGGAGCAGUCGAUGCGGCGCGCUAUUCAGGCCGUGAUUGUCCUGCUGGAAGAGUUUGGCAAGCGACGACCAGGCGUAGAGAGGCUGGCCGAGACGUUUUGCCAUCAGAGCACGAUGAUCUUCAGUCAAAUGGCAUACCAGCAACAGCAGAAACCACAGCAGCAACUGCACCACAAACAUCCCUAUCCACCAUCACACCCUUCUCACCCUCCCCCCGCAACCCCGCCGUCUUCGCUGCCAGCUGUUCCCCAGCCACCCGUGCCAUUAGCCCCCAUGCUGGACGACGUGCUGCUGGUGAGUGGAAGAGGGACUGUGCCGGUGAUCGAUCCACAGCUGGCGGAGCAAUUGUUUUAUUCGUAUGAUUGGUUUCAGGAGGAGAUGGCGACUUAUUAUACCCUGUAG